UCAGCGGGUGGCGGGGACGACGAAAGCGCGGGCGCGCAGGGUGGCGGGGGGCGCGCCGUGGGCGCGGGGAGAGCCCGCCUCCCGCGGCUGCCCUCGGCCCCGCGCUAGCGUCGCCGGCCGCGGAAACUGCCCCAAAAGAGAAAGAUAAGUUGUUCGUCUCCCCCUUCCUCCGCGCAGCUCGCACAUCCUCUCUCGCGGAGCAUCCGCCCGGGUCCUACGCCCCCCCAGGGCCGGCCCGCUGGAUCCGGCUGGAAGGCUGCGAGGAGGGAAGAGUUUGGCACUUGGAAGGCGAGGCUGGGCUUGUUUUCCCCAGCGGUGAUGCCGCUGGACUGAGAGCGGCGCGGCCGUGCAAGCUGGAGGGACGGACCCCCCCUCUUCACCGCCCCCCAGACCCGGUCCAGCGCCUUCAGCCCCGGUCGCUCGUCCCUGCCGCCCCACUAAAUGAGAGCUGGUCCGAGGACGGGGCGACUCGGCGCCUGCUAGGGCUGCUCUCCGCCGCCCUCCCCGGACUUCCCCACACCCGACGAGGAGCGGCGCGCACCCGCACCCAGGAGAGUUGUCUCGGCAGGCUCCGUGCUAUGGCGAGGCUGCGGAGGAGCAAACUAGCCGCUGGAUUUCUAUUACUUUUCCAGUGCCUGAGCGAGCGCUGCCAGCUCGCCGGCGGGGAGACGCCGAGGCAGAGCCGCGGUGUGUUUUAUGAAGUUGUUCAGAGCUUCCCUCGAGUGGAGGAGACUGUACAGGUGGAUUUCCGUGUAAGCAGCCACAGGUGGAGAAGGCACUCAGAGUCUCUCAAAUCAGUCGACACCAACAGAGCCAGCAUGGGGCAGGACUCCUCUGAGCCAGGGGGUUUCACGGACUUGCUGCUUGCGGAGGGCCAUGACAACACCACUCAAAUUGAGGAGGACACAGAUCAUAACUAUUACACUUCAAGGACGUAUGGCCCAUAUGAUUCUACCAGCCGGGAUUUGUGGGUGAAUAUAGACCAAAUGGAGAAGGACAAAGUAAAGAUUCAUGGGAUCCUUUCCAAUACCCACCGACAAGCAGCUAGAGUGAAUCUGUCCUUCGAUUUUCCAUUCUAUGGUCAUUUUCUGCGUGAAAUUACUGUGGCAACUGGGGGUUUCAUAUAUACUGGAGAAGUUGUGCAUCGAAUGCUAACAGCUACACAAUAUAUCGCACCCUUAAUGGCAAAUUUUGACCCCAGUGUGUCAAGAAAUUCAACAGUCAGAUACUUUGAUAAUGGCACAGCACUAGUUGUCCAGUGGGACCAUGUACAUCUGCAGGAUAAUUACAACCUGGGCAGUUUCACUUUUCAGGCCACCCUUCUCAAUGAUGGGCGUAUCAUUUUCGGCUACAAAGAAAUUCCUGUCGCUGUGACACAGAUAAGUUCAACCAACCACCCAGUGAAAGUGGGACUCUCAGAUGCAUUUGUGGUUGUGCACAGGAUCCAGCAAAUUCCCAAUGUCCGUAGAAGAACAAUUUAUGAGUACCACAGGGUGGAGCUACAGAUGUCAAAGAUUACCAAUCUCUCAGCUGUUGAAAUGAUACCUCUUCCAACUUGUCUCCAGUUUACCAGCUGUGGCCCCUGUGUCACUGCCCAGAUUGGCUUCAACUGCAGCUGGUGCAGCAAACUCCAAAGGUGCUCCAGUGGAUUUGACCGUCACAGGCAGGACUGGGUAGACAGUGGCUGCCCUGAAGAGUCAAAAGAUAAGAUUUGUGAGAAGAAUAUAGACACAACUGAAACACCUCCAUACUCUACCACCACCCUUCUGCCAACCACCACAAAGUUCAGAGUUUUAACGACUGCCAGAGCAUCCACCACUUCCCACCUGCCAACUAGCCUGCCCACAGAAGAUGACACCAAGAUAGCACUGCACCUUAAAGACAAUGGAGCUUCCACAGAUGACAGUGCAGCAGAGAAGAAAGGUGGAACGCUUCAUGCUGGCUUAAUUGUUGGCAUUCUAGUCCUGGUCCUCAUUGUGACUGCAGCCAUCCUCGUGACUGUCUAUAUGUAUCAUCAUCCAACGUCAGCAGCCAGUCUCUUCUUUAUAGAGCGACGUCCAAGCAGAUGGCCAGCAAUGAAGUUCAGAAGAGGAUCUGGACAUCCUGCCUAUGCUGAAGUGGAACCAGUUGGAGAAAAAGAAGGGUUCAUUGUAUCAGAGCAGUGCUAAAAUUUCUAGGACAGAACACCAGUACUGGCCUACAGGUGUAAGACAUUUAUUUUGCCUCUCUCUAGAGAAAAGGAGCCCUAAGCUGCUGUAGCCUGAUAGAAAGAAGAUUUUGGAUAAACUUGUUUCAAGGAGGAAAACUAAGAUACCAGAUUACUGCACAGUAGUUUUUGUUAGUGGACUGAGACACAAUGGUUCAUGCAGAACUCUUGUCAGUGGACACCUAUGGUAUCAGAACUAUGGCACAAGUGCUAUGCUAUUGGCUUUAGGUAUGGGGAUGCACAGUAAUCAAAAUAUAAUAAAGCUUUGGUGCACAAGGGUUUUACCAUUUGGUUCAAGUGUUCUUCUCUGGUAUCUCGAAGACUUGAGUGAUAAAUCUGUACCCUUUCAGUGCAAGUGCACUGAUUAGUGUUCACAGAUGAUUAAGGAAAAGUAUCUCAAUGCAGGUAAAGCAUAAAUAAAUGAAAUUUCCAAUACUUCUACAAGUGUAUGUGAAAUACACUGAUUUUUCAAUUCUAUGUUAACCUACCCACAGAAGGGAGCGAGUCAGAAUGUAUAUUCUUUCCAGGAGUAGUACAAUGCUUCUUGUACGUUGCUGAUUACUGUCCUUCUAAACAACUCAUGAUAUACAAAUUGGUAAGAAAUUAAGAGAACAGAGAAUUUUCACAGUGGUUAAAUCCAUUUAUUUCAUGGGAGUUCACAAUGAAAUUGGACUGAUUUUCAGUUUCAGUGUUCACUAAAAAUUAUCUAUCAGGUUUGUUUCAAGGGAUAUUUUUAAUUUCUGAAUGAGUAGGCUGAAGAAAAUAAAACAGAUCCUUUUAUCUGCCAGAGAUCUUAUGGACCAUUUCUUAGGCAAUGUGAUUUGAAAAACAAGGUAUUAAAAAAAUUACUUUCUAUCCUUUGCCAUUUCAUUAUAAGUCCUUACUGAGAAGCACCGCAGACUUAAAUGCACCCCUGCCAGAGAUUCAGAUACAAGUGUUAUUGAACCCUGCUGAUUCAUACAGUGAUUUUGUUUAAUGCACAUAGUAGUUGCAUAAAUAUAUAUAUAAAUAUAUAUUUUUUUUUUUAAUAGCUAACACAAGGCAGGCUCUUGUGACUGUUAAGACUGCAAUGUUUGUCAUCCAGACAAAGGAAAUUACUGCAUAUUUCCACUGAGUUGUAAAAUAAUCCUUAAUAUUAGAAUAUUUUUAUGUUGUGUAGGAAAGGUGGUUCAUAUAGUUGCAGUGCCAUAACCUUUCUGCCUAUUGGAACCACUCUUUCUCUAAUAUCGACCUGUUCCCUCCCUGUAUAGGGGAAGAGAAGACUAUAAAUUCACACCAUCAGAAACAGUUAUGUCUUUCAUGGAAGGGGUUAAUAUACUGAGACACAGAUCUUCCAUGAGGAGUGGGAACCUAAAUACUUUGAUGAUCUGGGCUCAAGCUAUUAAAAUCUUAAGUUCAGGUAUUGUAUGCGCAUUUCAUCAUAGUCGUGACUGACUAUCAAAUUUUUUACAUACUGUACAAAGCACUUGAAUAAUUUUAAUGUAUACAACUUUGGAUCUCAAGCAGUUAAAAAAAAGUUGUAGAUACGACUUUAGUAUUACAGUUAUUUACAUUUCUUGCUGAUGCUUGUAUGGUCUGAAUUUGAUUACUUAAUGCUGUUUAAAGAAAAAACACAUGAUUUUUACUUGUUGUUUUGUUCAGUAAAUAAUACAAUCCUGUAUUUUCUGUAUUUUUUUUAUUUUGUGUAACACACUUUUAUUUUCACCUGUUCUAGAGCAUCUAGCAUGAGAUUGAAACUGUUCAAAACCUAACUGAUAUUAAUCUGAAGGUACUAACAGACACAUUGUCUUGUAGCCUGGUGAAAAGCCUGUGGCAAGUAUUCAUUUCCAUUUGUGUGGGUCUGCUGAGCCCUGUUUCUAAUAGGCUGGGAUUAAAUUGCAGGCUGUUAAUUCCAAUAGCAAUAACCAAAUGUAUGCACAUAUAUAUCUGGUGACACUCAUUUUUAUUAAAUAAAAAGGUAUCAGUGCACAUCAUUUAGACAUGUAUUUGGUGUGCAAUACUUAUAAUCAGUUUUUCUAGGAAUCUUGGAAAUCAACUAGGGCUCAAUGGCCAAAUGAAGCAAUUGUAGAGCUUCCAUUUGAAGCAUACUGAAGCAUUGUUUGAAAUAGUUUUUAUUUUAGAGCACAUCUUGGCAAAUUAUACUAAGAAAAUUUAAAUAACCUGCUCAGUACUGCAGUAAGUUCAAGGGAUAUUUCAUAUAAAUGAAGAAUAUUUAUGUUAUUAUGGGUUUACAGGUCUGCAUUUGGCCUCAUUCCCUCAUGGUUUUCAUAUUUUUACCCUUGUAUGUAAUACAUGUCAUACAAUGGAGCUGACAGAAUGUUUGCAACAUGAUUAGUCAAACACAACAAAAAAUUUAAAAUCCAGUAUUUUUAUUGCUUUUAAGACCCUCUUGCACAGCUGAAGGAUCUUUAUUAGUAUUUGCAAAGUAACUUAAAUUUCAUACUCAGACAUAAAAUAAUAGCAAAUAUUUCUUUAAUUGUUUGUUCAACUCAUAAUUUGGUGGCACAGUUCACUGGCCUAUGAGUAGCAUCAAAGUAUACUUAUUUUGAUAUUUGCCAUGAUGUUAUAUGCUAUGGAUUAUAACAUGACAUGUUGCUGGGUUUAUUUAAUGAGAUUGAUAGGCUUAUGCUUAUGUCUGAUACGAACUGGUAUCUAAAGACAAAACCUGGUGCAUACUAAUGGAUGUAUAGUGUCUUCUUGUUUCUGCUUUGAUAUAUUCUGUGGUAUGUUCUACUUAUCCCAGUAGGCAAAAAUUAAUUAAGUAAUCUGUUGCUGUUUUGUAAUUCCAUUUCAUUUUCUAAUUUUUAAUGAUUAAAAUUACCACAUUAAAAGUUAUACAAAUAUUCAUAUAUAGGUGUGACAAAAUCUUGACAUUAACCAAGAAUAUUUUUAUUAUUAUUUUAAAAAGCAGCAGGUUAAUUGAUCCAGACUGAAAAAGCAUCAUGUGGACCCCUCUCAGAGAUCCAGCUGAAAUGCUGUGCAACAAUUCAUAAAGAAAUUUCCAUCCAGAUCUCUGAAACAGUGACUUCACUAGCAUUGCCACUGAUCCUUAAUUUAGAAGUACUUCAGAAUAUUUCAUUUAUUUAAAUGCUUACUUACACAGUAAUUUAUUUUAAGAGUUAUUUUAACCCUUAAAACUUGCCUUUAAAUUUGUGAAUCUAAUGCAUGUAAGAUUGCAAGAUGUCCCAAAAUUAUAAUUUCUUAUUUUCUAUUUUAGUGUUAAACAUUCCAUAACACCUGAUAUUGUCAGUGCUAAGCUUCAGCUCAUCCUGUUUCACAGAAAAAAAAUGAAAAUUUGAAAUACAAGGAUUCAAAGCACAUUGCUCUUUAAAUCUCAGUGAGAUGAAACAAUAAAUCAGAUAUGUGUAUCUCACAUGAAGAUUGUUGAAAAAGACCCUUACAUUUGCAAAUUAUAUUCAGACAUUAAGAAAUUCUGAAACUGCAGAAGAAAUGGAAUUGUGAUCUCUCAGAUGCAUACAUAUAAUGAUGCAGGUUUCAUUCUUUGUUAUGUUCUCUCCAAACUCUGCUCAAAAGACUGAGAUACUUGAGGGAUACAAACACCUUAGCAUUGUUGUGAAGGGAGACAAUUUUCAAGAGAAGACCAAUGAAAUACUGUUCUUCCUUUUUUUAUAAUUGCCUGCCUUGUUCUCAAGAGCUUCUGCUGAAGGUGACAUAGAUGUCUUGUAAGUAUCAACCUCCUUCAUUGUAUCAGUAUAUUUUUGCUACUUCAUUUUUUACAAAUUAUGUGUGUGAAGGAAUUCUGGGGAAAAAAACAUAGUACAUUGCUGUAUUUUGAAAAAUUGUGGGAGCCAAAUUAAAUUUUCACAAGCUGAUCAGAAUA